AUGGCUUCUUCGUCGUCAUCAGCUGCCUCCAGCAGCGUGGGCAUCACUUAUACCUCGACGGCCGACUUUGUAGACUCGCCCCUGUGCUCCCACUUUCUCGCCUCCCUGUCGUCCCAGCUACCGCUACGAAAUGUUCCAUAUGCCAGCACCAGCGCUAGUGCGGGUAGUGCCAGCUCUAUCACAAGUCUCAACGUACGGCUGGACCCGUUUGCAGACUACCUGCUCAAAGCCAAGCACAAGCCCGAGACCAGACACCUGGUCCAAGCCAAUCUUCUGGAGAGGCCUUUCGUCCACCUCUUCAUCGUAGCCACUACAGACAGCGAUGCUUAUCGGACGCACAUACGGUCAGAGAUCCGGUCCUGGCUCAAUGCACUCAAAGAUACACCCAGUCUGAGCGCCGUAUCAAAGAGCAGCGCCGCAGAAGAAGGAGCUCAUGCAGUCAAAGACAAAGAUGAGGAUGGGAUGCCCGAGUACUUGAUCGUCUAUGUGACGCCGCCUGCUGGCUAUAUUCCCCCGAUACCUGGGAGGUCAGCAUCCCCGGGCUACUUUGGAGCCCCAGCGUCGACCGCCUCGCCGACAGGAACUCCAGGCACGCCGAAGAGUCCUGAGGUCGCCGCCCCGGCGCCCAAGACUGGCAUGGGAAGGUUCCUAAGUUCGGCCAGUAGCACCUCGAGUAAAGAUGCCACAGGAGGCGUACUAGACAAGUUGCGUACCGACUUCGGAGGUGGUAAGAAGGCAGACAGGCUCAUCCAUAUAUCUCGGCUGCCGCCUCCCUCAGGCUCCGGCGGGCCUCCUGCCCAGUCCAUCGACCCUACAAUCUUCUCGGAUUUGCUGACGUCUUUCAAGUCCUCCAUCUCCGCUGUCCUUGCCGCGUCUGUGAGAGGGCAGCAAGAAGAGAGUGCCAAGCUCAAGUCACUGAGAAAGGUCCGCGGUUGGAACCCGGUGGGUGUCUUCGGCAAGCUCGAAUGCCUGGGCAAUACGUUCGAGAGCGUCGGUCUGUUUGACGAGGCCUUGUCCUGCUUCGAAGAACUUGACCUGCUCUACAAGGACUGUUUGCGGGAAGGAGAACUCACCUUCUUUCCCUCAAUUACGCCAACCUCAUUGAGUCAAGGUGAGGACUCACAAUCGAUUCUGCUACCGACCGCAAAGCCAUAUCGGGAGAUGAUUCUACACAACGGCGCUAGUCUCUGGGACCUCAAGAUUUACCUACUCUCACGGCGGCUGACCCUACUCAGCAAGACUGGGCGAGGACUAGCCAUCAUGAAGGAGACCAUUCACUGGAUUGCCGAGGUUACUGUGUUGGUCAAGGACGAGGACCUUCCUCCCCACUGCCUCUCGGCUUUCAUCUUCUCGGUCUGCCUCGAUAUUCUACAUCACUGCAUGCUGCUGUUUCUGUCGCCCUCGGGCGUCCUCGCAACACCCACUCCUCCUACCUCGAUUGACGGGGCACUGACGUCCUCUCAAGACAAAUUCGACCAAUUGCCCGCGUCCUUCCAUUCUGCAAGCUCAGAUUUACUACUACUCGCUGUGCGGCAGCUGGAGAGAAUGGGUACCAGAUUCGGGUAUCUCGCCCCGGUCCAGCCCUUCGUCGAAGGUGUUGAGCUUCAUACUCUCUCCAAGACUCGAGAGAUGACGGGCAUCACAAAGCCAGAGCUGAUAGCGGCUGUCGAGGACGAGGCUCACUUCGAUGCAUUCUAUAUCAAGACUGCAGAGCGCACAUUACAGGGGCUCAUCAAGGGGAAUCGCGAAAGGCAACGAAGAGACUUGAGGGCUAGGCUUGUUGGGCUUCAUAUGCAACGCGGCAAGUUCGAGGAAUCCCACCGCAUGUAUACCAUUCUCCUCGAGGAGCACGCAGAACACAGUGGCAAGUGGAAUAGUCUCGAGAGGAUACUGCUUCAAAGGCAGCUCGAAUGCCAUUCCAAGCUCGACAUGCCGAAGAGCAGACAGUGGGUUGCCGCUGUCGUCAGUCUCUUACGGUGUAUGCCAGCCCAUUCGAUUCGCCCUGGAGAGGACCACACAGACAAGGCUAUCGAUACACCCGACCCGUGGAGCAGCGAGUCCGCCUUGUUCGAGAUGCUAAGGGUAGCUUCCCUCUCCUUCGAAAAGGAGGUUCCGGUAUCGGGAUUUGCGAAGCUCUCUGUCAUACCUGCAAAGCACAGAGCGCUCAAGCUAGAUCGCCAGGAUGGGGCUACUCUAGCUGUCGCCGUCUUCUCAUCACUCCGAUGCGAGCUUGCUGUCGAAGAUGUCAGGCUAUGCUUGAGCGGUGGCAAGUCGCACAGGGAGCAAUUCUGGCUGACCAGCGGCAAGACCACAAUUCGCCCUGGGCGCAACGAACUCAUGCUUCGGACAUUCUCGUAUGCUCCUGGCCGCUACGUCCUCGAUGUCAGUCAGAUCCGUUUUGGCCGAAUUGUCUAUCAAUAUGUUGCGCCAAAGAACCUCGCUGCCAAUGGCGCCAUUUCAACCUCGUCCUCAUCUUCGAGCGCGGCCGAUCCAAUGGUCCUCACGAUUCCUCAAGACGGCCAGGCAAUUGACGCAUUGCUCGAUCAGCCGAGAAGAAUAGCUCUGGAUCAACCGCGAUGUGCAGACCUGAUCAUCAAGACCGGCAGAAACACCUUAGAGAAAGCAGUGAUACGCUUGACUCACCUCGCAGACGGCAGGCCCUUCAUGGGUUUUGGUGCCGGGGAUAUCUUGGAAGAGGAUCCUGACAUCGGCAUUGAGUCGACCGAAGACGGUCUUGGCAUCGAGCUCAAGAACAUUAAAGCCGGACAAGUGUUGACGCUGCGCUUCCCUCUCGAUGAGACGCCCCCGUCUGAUGGCUCCGCAAUGCCUCUUGUCGUCGACUUUGAGUAUCUGAACCCACCGGUGAAGUCCGAUGAUCCAAAGCAGAUCCAGCCAAAGCGGAGCUUCCGCAAACGUCUUGACCUUCACACUGCUUUGCCCCUUGGUGUUAAUGUGCAAGACUUCUUCAAGCAUGGGUCUCUCCUGAGCAAAUUCUCCAUUAGUACUGGCAGCGCUGGCACAUUGAGGCUGAGGGAGGCUUCCUUGCGGCAUGCAGACGAAGAGGAGAGAACAACUGAGGACGGCUACCAGAUCAUUGUACCCGGAGGAGUUCGACCGACUGUCAUCACACCGAGACAACCGGCAGCAUACGUCUUCAAGCUGAGACGUGCUCGGAGUCAGAAGAGUGGUCAACCGAAGGGGCCGCCAGCGACUGGCAACUUGAGGCUGAGGCUCACCUACCGAACCCUCCACGAGGAUGCUCGAAUGCUGAUCCUACGCAUCCUUCGAAGAGUCAUCUCAGCUUCGAGCUCUACCCCUCUACCCCAAGGGACUCAGCCCCUCCUCGAACAAGCCAUCACGAGUGUGCUGGACGAUCGGAUAGACAUUCCAGUGUACGCACUCACUGGGGCAAUCCGCCUCGUACAGCCUGCCGAUGUCAAGAUGUGGCACGGGUUCUGCGAGGGCUGGGGUCUUCUUCGUGCUUCUGUCACGACGAAGCAGGUGGUCAAGAUUGUGCAGCAGACGCUCAAGGAGGCGACUCUCUGUGGGCCAGAGAACACGAUGGCGGACGAUGGCGACGAGGGUGUAGAAACAAAUUGGCGUGUGCUGGAGAUCCCAGUCGAGGUGCCGAAGAUGGACAUCGUCAAUCGUGUCACGCUCAAGCUGGAUCAGGCCCCCUCGUCGAUGCCACAUGUGGUAGGUAAGCCCAUCGGGGUCACCAUUUCCAUCAAGAGCACUUUUACCUGGGGCGCUCGCCAAGUGAGUGACGGGGCGAGCACAUCCGUGCAAGAGAGCGGAGCGCCAGUCUCCCCCUCUGCAAGUCUUGCCCCCGCAAGUCUGGGUGUAAAGGGCAAGGGUGCGCGUUCAGCCGCUGCCUCGUCCAUAGGAGACUUCGAGACCGACGCAGGCUCCGUCUUCCAAGACGCUGCGUCGGAUGUCACUGCUACUGGUGAAGGCAAGCCCAAUGCCAAUUCUUCUUCGAUGAAUGGAGCAGAUCGCAAAGCCACGCAGCGGAUGUGCUACGAGGUGCAAGCCGACUUUGAGAAUUGGCUCGUCAGCGGAGAUAAGCGAUCAGUAUGGGAUGUGGAGCUCCCUACGAGUCGUGCUGGGCAGGACAAGGACAAGGAGGAGCAGCACUUCAGAGUUACCUUGGUCCCACUCAGGUCAGGCUCACUGACGAUGCCGACCGUCGCCGUGUGGCCUCUGCCCACAGGUCCGCAGACAAUCUCUUCGUCCUUUGCCCAUCGUCUACCAGGUCAGCAGGAGGGUGGUGCGGAGGUGGACCGGGAGGCAAGUCGUCGCUUGCCUAGCUGCGAGACGUACGUUGGGAAUGUGGCACAGAGGGUGGAAGUGUACCCUAGUAUGGGCAGGGGAGGAGGGGAGACUUUCUGGGUACCCGAGGGGUGA